AUGCCGAAAAUAUCGGAACUGUUUCCUCCGAAGGCUGAUGAAGGUUCUUCUGAGCUGACUGCUGCAGAUGAAGCGAUGACAACAAUGGCAGAAGCAGUUGAGGAACCCGACACCGGCGACACAUCCAAGGAGUUGACAUCUGGUGAUACGUCCAUUUCCACUGAUAACAAUGAUGGAUACUCUUGUGAUUUGGGAUUAUGGCCUACUGAUAUUUCUGACAAUAUGAGAGAGCACUGGGCAGGUCAAGGGAGUAGUCAGUGCAGAAAUUCCGAUGCCGAUUUCAGCGCAACAUCAACAAGAUAUGAGGGAGAUGCUUACAAUAGACGAUGUCAAAAAACUUUGUUCACGUACACACAUGAGCUUACAAAACAGCAACAUACUCGAAACUGGCUCUGCUAUUCACCAUCCAAACAUGUCGUGUUCUGUUUUGCUUGUAAACUCAUGACUGACAGCAUCGUUUUUGGAAAACAAGGUUAUAAUGUCUGGAAACGCGCAUCCCAGUCAAUUCCACGACAUGAGAAAAGUUCAGCGCACCGUAAUGCUGUUUUUCAGCUACUCCAACGUAGCGAUGCUGGCUGCCGUAUUGAUUCAGAACUGGUCACACAGGCCAGUGAUGAGCGUAACUAUUGGCGGGCAGUACUUGAGCGGGUAACAGAAACCAUCCGUUACCUUUCCGAGCGAAGUUUACCAUUUCGCGGCACUGAUGAGAUCGUUGGAUCGCUAAAAAAACGGUAA